UGGCUCGAGCGAGCGGCCACAUGCCGCGGGCGACUCGCUCGCGCGCGAUUCGCACGCACGUGAGUCGUGAUGGCGGAGCCUUCGCCCAAGCGGAGGAGGCUACGGAAGGCCCCCGAGGCCUCUCCAGAGAAGGAAUACGAGGAUGCAGAACACCCGGAGGCUGACGCUUCACCGGCCGCGCUCGCGGAGAGAGCGGAGCCUGCGGAGCCCGCGGAGCCCGCGGAGCCCGCUGAGCCCGCCGAGCCGGCUGCGGCGCCAUCAUCCCCGGCCUCCGAGGACAGCUCCAGCGACUCGGAGAGCGACACCUCCAGCAGUUCCUCGGAGUCGGAGUCGGAGUCCUCAUCGGAGGAGGAGAUGGAAGACACCGGCCUGGCGGAAGAUGAGGAGCCCGAGAAGGAGGACCCUACGGAGAAGAAGCAGCGGCACCUGGACACCAUCCGCACGGCGCAGCUCAAGCGAGAAGACCUCAUGGCGCUUUUGCAGGACGUGCCGCCGGAGGAGCAGGAUGGAUACAUCCGGAACGCCUUCGUGCUGGUCAAGAUUUCGGAGACGGUGGAGGCAUUGGCAGAGGUGGUGGGGGCCGAGCCGUCGGCGCCCUAUGAGUGCGUUCACCCCGGCUUCCCCAAGGAGGUGAAGCGCCUCACCCAGCAGCUACGAGUCAAGCGAGGCACCUCAGAGAAGCUGAUCAAGGUGUGCGCCAUCAGCAACAAGACGAUUGAGGACUCGCAGCUAGAGCAAUGGUCUCUGGUGAUCAACCGCUGCGGUGUGGACCCAGAACUGUUUCUGGACGGCUUGAAGGAGCGCGCUGCGCAGAUUGCAAGGACAAAGCGCCUUCAGUAUGACGAGGAGACCGUGGCAAGGAUCCUGAAGAACAAGAAGAAGAUCGAGUUCGAUGCGCAGAAGCAAUCCCGCAUGGCGUGCCAGGUCCAGAUCGGGCUCACGCAGAUGGACAUCUCCAGCAUCCGAGAGUUCGAGAUGGUGGAGCUGGCGAAGCAGCACAAGAGGGCGGAGCAGGAGCUGCUGAAGAUGCAGCAAAAGGAGUAUGAGGCGCAAGAUCAGUGGUUCAAGAAUCGGCCGGACCUGUACGGCAUCAAGGAGGUGAACCGCAUGAACACCGAGCGCCAAGUCCGCGACGACAAGCAUGCCUUGAGGUAUGCGUUGGACCAGGAGAAUGCCCAGACGGAGAACGACAAGAGAAAUCCCUUCGAACGGAGGGACUGCCGCCCGGUGUCUGCGUGGGACACCACACUGACCAAAGUGGAGGAGCUGGAGGCCUACCGCCGGCGCCGGGAGGCGCGGGAGGCGCGGGCCAGGGAAACUGCCAAGCGCACCGAGGCGGCGCCCGAGGCAGAUCGCACCUCACAGGAGCCUGCCGACGUGCCCACGCAAACUGCAGAGGCAGUUCCCAUGCCUCCCCGCGAGUCCGAUCCCAUGAAGCUCAUGCUACAGGCUCAUCACGAGGAAGUGGACCUUUUGGAACAAUACGCGAAGCUGCUGACGGCUCGCUGAGAGAAGCAAAGACGGCCGAGAUGGCCACGAAUUGUGGGGUGCUCUCCGAAUUCCCGUUGG